AAUAGAUUAUACUUCUUAGGCCAUGUUUAAAGCUCUCGUUAUAUUUUUAUUUUUGCUAUGGGACGCGAGAGGUGAAACAAAUAACGAUCUGGAUUCCCGCGUUAUUGGUGGGGAGGACGCAGCUGAUAGCUCUGCCCCUUAUAUAGCAUCAAUCAGACGUUUUCUUUUCGAGGGACUCACAGAAACAAUGCAUAUCUGUGGUGGUACUAUCCUGACUCAGAAAUGGAUUUUAACUGCUGCUCAUUGCACCUUUAGGUAUUAAAUAAAAUCACAGGUGGCUCCUGAAAACCUUCAAGUGGUCUAUAAUUUAACAACAAUAUAUGUGGAAGAGUGCAAUAGAAGGCUUGAUAACGUAUCUAAGAAAUUUCUUCCAAUUAUUGACAAACAACUUUGCACAUUAAAUAAGGAAAGAAAGGGAACGUGUAAAGGAGAUUCUGGUGGACCCCUCAUUAGUGGUGGUGUACAAGUUGGCAUUGUAUCAUGGGGUGUUCCUUGUGCUAAGGGGAAACCUGAUGUUUAUACAAGGGUAUACUGUUACGUGAAAUGGAUAAAUAAUUACAUUUCAAAUUAAUAGUUAUAGUUUUG